AUGGCCCGCUCCUUCGUGUUGACCGGUGCAGUCCUCCUUUGCUCGGGCGCGCUCUUCACCGCGUUCGUCCCGGCCGCCCGCAGCUCGGUGGCGCCGGCCCCGACGUACUCGGCCGCAGCUCUCAGCUCCGCCGUCCUCGUGGCCCCACAGGCAGCCUUCGCGGAUGAGGGCGCCGUGUGGAUCCCUGCCCUGUCGGCCAUUGGUGCAGGCUUUGCCAUCGGGCUCGCCGCUAUUGGCUCCGGCGUCGGCCAGGGCAUCUAG